AUGGUUGCUUUCCCAGAGGGAACAGAGACGCUGCCUGUUAAUUCUCCCCAGGCAUGUUAUUUUAUUGUGAUGAGAAGACUCCCAUCAUCAUUAUUGCUGCCUUCUACACUAGCUGAGCAUCAUACUACACAUACAUCAUCAUCAGUACAGGGGAGAAGAAAUGUAGAUGAUAGAAUGAAUAAUAAUAAUAAUGGAAUGAUGGAAAUGGAAAAGAAAGAGGGAGUUAUGAUAAUUACAGUAGAUACAAUAUCAGGACAGUUAAUAUACACUGGAAUCCCACAGAAGGAUCUUUUUCCUUCUAUGGAUGAGGCUAUAAAUGGAAUUCAUGCCUUGUGUCCACAUACUACACAGACAUUUGAGGUACAAACAUUAUUUGAGUUUUUAGCCUUUGCUGGUGGUUGCUUAUCAGAAGAAUUUAUUCACUUGCUAUUUAUUGCGUCCAGUACACUUUUGCUAGAGGGUAAAAGAGCUACACCUUAUUCUCAUACUAGAGAAGAAACUGUAAGUAGUCCUAUAGAAGAUUCAACUAUAAACUACUGGUAUAUUCCUCCAGUUUAUACUGUUAAGAAGGCAGAAUGGUAUCAAAUUCCUCUACGGAUUACAGUACCAGCGUUGCAAGAUUCACUUAAAAUAAAUGAAAUACACUCAUGGACACACAACUCUCAUUUUACUACACCUUUCUAUGAUUUACCUAUUUUAACAAAUGGAUCUGAACCACCUUAUUUAUACUAUUCACCAGGUAUUGAUAUUACACAUUCUAGUAUAUUUAAAGAUGCUUUAACACGUUGUGUCACUAUAAAUGAAAAAGAUAAUCAUAUGAAUGAAGAUGAUACAUUAAAAAGUAUGAAGGAUGGAGUUUCUUUUAAUUCUUCUACAUACUACAAUCAUAAUGUUUUUCUUCCACCUCUUCCUAAGAAGACAGGCCGUUCUGCCUUGGGACGUUGUGAUUGUUUAUGGAAUGAAGAACUUAUUAGUUUUUGUGAAGUAUUUGGUUUAAGUAAUUGUUGUUGUCGACUCGCACUUGGAUCCUGCUCAUUAACACCAUUAUCGUAUUCCUUUCGUGAUUCUCCAAUGGCUCUUUUAUUAGUACGAAUUAGCCGAUUGGCCAUGCGUGGAUGUUUUUAUGAUUAUACUCUGGAAUCUUCAAAAACCCGUUUUGAAGACUAUAUCUCUACAUUAGAAACGGAAUUUCAGUUAUUUAUUCUACGAAAGUCUCAUUAUGAUAUUUCUAUAGAUAAGAAAAAAAGCGUAAAGUCUAUAAUCUCUUCACUGAUAUGGAGACGAGGAACCGAUUUUUUUCAUCAUAAAGAAAUUAUAGAGCAACAGAAGAAGUUUGAUGAUUAUACCAAUCGGUUUAUUGAUCCACUGCCAUCACGAGAAGAUCAUGUGGGAAAUAUUUUCUCUGGAUAUUUGGAGCGGUAUGGACCGGGUACGAGAAUUAUUUUAGCACAUGCAGGGAGUGCGGCCUGGUGUAGUAAAACCAUAGUCUCUGAUAAUCACUAUAGAACUACUAGUAGUAGUGUUAAUAAUAAUAAUAAUAAUAAUAAUAAUAAUAAUAAUAAUAAUAAUAUACCGGCAUGUAGUAAGUCUCCUCUACGUAAUACUGGAGGAGGAGGAGGAGGAGGAGGAUCUCCUGUGAGGAAACAAUAUUUUGUUUCUUCUUCUUCAUCUACACCACCAUCUCAGUCAUCAUCACGGCCAACAUCACCAAAGAAGUUAAGUCAUUCUUUAUCGACCUUUUUUAUGGCUUCAUCAGAUCAACGUGGUGAAAUAGAGAAUGUUUUAGUAGAUGUGGGAACCGUUGAAAAGAAUCUUCAGUUAUCUCUGGAGUCUCUUGCUGCUCAUGUGAGAAGUCAUGCGUUGAAGCCUAAUGUUACGAUUGGGGAUCUUUGUUAUUUCCCAUCACAAGAUAAUAGGAGUAAAGAGGGGGAUUAUAUACAUAAAGAAGAAGUCUUUUUACAUUCCUUUUGGGGAAGUGAAACUAUGUAUAACUCUCAUGAGGAAGUUGAGGAUAACUGGAUACCACGUGUAUGUGUAAUGGAUGAUACAGAGACAAGUAUAAUAGCUUCUAUCAUUGUUUCACUUGGAUGGAUUGUAAGUUGGUUGUGUCAUCAAAUGGAUGAACAGAUGGAGGAAUUGCAAUUCUUACGAGAACAUACAUUAGUAGUAGAGAGUAUGAUUAGUUUAUUACUUCAUUCAGCAGCUGGAACCCCGCGAACGAGUAUGAUCUCUGGAAUAAGAGAAGUGAUUACCCCAUUAUGGAAUUGUUUAAUAGAUAUAUGCAGUGUAAAGGGAAAAGGAGGGAUACCUACCAAAAAGGGGUUUAGUUUAUUUGUAUGGAAAGAAGCAGAACGGAUUACAAGAUUAAUUGAAGAAAGAGUAAAGUCUUCUUAUGGAAAUACUACUACUACUACUACAAGUGAUUCUCUUUAUUCUGUUUUAAGUGAGAGGGUUUCUUCCUUUCUUGUGCGGUUCUUUCUCCCUGAAGGGAAAUUCUAUCCACGAGAGCAUGUACGUCAUCGAAUAGUCCUUCUUACACAUCCAUCUAAAUUAUCAUUUAUAAUAAAUGCACAUAUGAUGUUUCCUUAUUCUGAAACUCAGUGUUGUUCAUCUUCUGCAGUAACAGAGACAACGACAACAACAGGUAUUAUACAAGAGAGAGGGAAUUCUCCAAAUCAACUUCGACGACGAUUAUUUCCAUUCACACCAUUACGAUCUUUAAAUCCACCCAUAUCUUCUCAUGAUACUUCAUCCUUAUUAGUAUCACCAUCAUCAUUAUCAUCAUCAUCAGUGCAAACCAAUACUAAUCAUAAUAAAAAUACGGCUACUGCAGCUUCUACAUUAACAUUAGGGAUGUUUAGAGGUUUAUCACAUCCUUUCUCACAGUCGCUGCUUAUUCCCUCUUGUUUUGAUAAAGUGGCGUUUACGAUUGCCCUUCCUUCUCUUUCACAUAUUACCCAUAUUGCCUUAACAGUUGCUAAUGCUGUACAGGAGGCCUCUUACGCAGCUGCCUUAUCUAUUUCCCUCUCAACAUGUUGUUAUUUGGGUCAAACCCAUACACGAGCGGUAUUGGAGGAUGUACCACUUCCCAUUUGUGUGAGUAGUCGAUCUUCACAAAGUGGACAGGCCGCACCCCGGCUGAUAUUCUAUACAUUACAUGCUUCUACAUCAGAUGGAAUAAUGUAUACGUCUGAACGAGAUGAUGAGAAUGAUAAUAAUAAAGUGUAUUCAGAGUUAAAUAGAUGUGAACAUGCGUUUCAAUCCACUGCACCUGUGAUUGCACGUUUUCUGCAGUUUUCUUUUCAUGGUUCGGGUUGUAAUGCGAUGGCUCUUCCCCCUGUGUUGGUGUUUGGGAAACCACUAGUGUCUAUUCCAAAGGAUGAUGAACCGUCAAGAGAUAUAACUCUACAAACAGGAUUGGAGCAUUUACUUCCUACACCCAUACCCCCGUUUAUAUGGGCAUCCCAACAGGAAGAGGAGAAAGAAAAAGAAAAAGAAGAAAAAGAAAAUUUGUUUAUAGUAAAAGAUACACAAUCUAUGUUUACAGAGCAUUGUACGAAUUUAAAUGAGAAUAAUACAAAUACGUUUGAUAGUAACAAACUUGUGGAAUCAGAAAAUUCAAUAUCGCAACAAGAGCGGUGCCAUGUGCCUGUUGUUGCAACUACACAAGGACGUUGUGAGAUGUAUGUGCAUAAACUCAUUUCCGCCAUACCAGCCGAGUUAUUUCAGUUAACAUUAGGUCUAACUUUACAGGUGGAGUGUAAGCGGCUUCAGUGUCAAGUACGUCGUUAUUAUCGAGAUUGGUGUUUACAUCGAAUAGAACUUCCUCGUUGGGUUAUGAACCCCAUAUGUCAGGUAUUUCCACACUCUGCUGUUUAUCGCUCACGUCUUCCAGAAGAUACGGAGGAUUUUAUUAAGAUUCAAGAGCAACAAGAAGAAAACUAUCAUCAUCAAAUGGAGUCACAUUGUAAAAAAGAAUUAAAAAAAAUAAAAGUAAAACGAGAAGAAAGAAGACAAUGUGCUCUUUGUAAACGUAAAUUUUCAUGGUUUUCUACGGCUAAAGAGUGUAAUAGAUGUCAACGUCAUGUGUGUAAGAAGUGUUUACAUGAUGAUUUUGUCUCUUUACCUGAACUAGGCCUUUAUGAGGUUAAUUAUCGUGUAUGUCUUAAGUGUUUAGAUAAAUGUAGAGCACUUGAAGGAAUUAUAGAAAGUUUUUAUUGGAGUGAAUGUAAUGAUGAAGUGGAUAGUGAAGUAGAGAUUGAAGAGGCACUGGCUUUUUUUUCACCUUCUACAUUACCUCAAUUAUCAUGUGUGUUGUUUGCAUGUAAAGAACUAUGGUGGGGUCAUAUUCAGCAAUCAUCCCUCUCUACUAAUCAUCUCUCAUCAUAUCAAUUGACGAUGUAUCCUUAUACACGUGUGGUGAGUGCACCUGGUAUGGAUGAUACCAAAAUGCCACUGUUUGAAGAAGUACUUGGCGUUGCUGGAAUAAUAAAUAAUAAUAAUAAUAAUAAUAAUAAUAAUAAUAAUAAUUACAAUAGUAGUUCUCUUGUAGAUUGGCGAUGUGUGUUGGAUGAGGAGUGUACAGAUUCAACUACACGUGUAAGUCGACAUGUUGUUUUACUUUUACCACAGGAAGCCAGUGUUUCCUAUGGAGUAUUACACUAUAUAUUAACAGGGAAACCUCGAGGCAAUGUGGAGUUACAAUUGCUUUUAGGGAAUGCCAUGCAUGAACUACAUUUAUUUAACUGUACAUCUAUUCAUCCAUCGGAUGAUAAUGAUGGUUAUGUAUAUAACGAUAUGAAUAGGCAAGUAAAGAUACUCCAAUUACACCAUCAACCACAACCACAGGAACAAGUUAGACGAUUAUUGUUUGAUAAUGAAGAAGAAAAAGAAGAGAAAGAAAAAGAGAAAGAAGGUUCAUGGACGCCAAGAGUUCAUUCAACUAUACUUUUUGCUGCUUUAUUCUUUCAUGGUGCUGUUUCUGAUCUCGCCCUUUUACGAGUGAAACAUUUUUCUCUCUGGGGACGAUUUGUGUUCAACACACCAGAGAUCCACUCCAGCUAUCACAAGUGUAAACCGGAUCUCUCUCACUAUGGAACUCUUAAUGGAAUAUCUGCGUACUGUACACGAGGUGUGAUGAGUGUGGCGUGUCUACCUCGUAUGUUACCCAUGACGCGCCUAAUUCCUCUACGAAAUAUUAUUUCUCAUACAAAUACCGAACAAUUAUUGUUGGAGUUUGAUUUUGGUAUUCCAACGACGGUGUGUGGAUUUGUUUUGGAACUUCACCACCCAGUGAUGAUGACAAAUACACAAUUUGGCAUCGCCACAACUCUUCGUCUUGUUGGGGUAUCUGCCUGUGGGUUUCGCGGUAAUAUUGGGAUCUUUACACUACCCUGGCCUCCACUGCCAGUAUUGGAUACCACACCGCAUGAGAUAUUUGCCUAUGCCUACAGUUUACCGUCCACAAAUUAUAAUCUUCUCUCCGUGUUGGUAGAAGUUGUGGAGUGGCGUUCUGUUAAUCCAACCGCUGCUGCCUCCCCUCCCACCACCGCAUUCGUGGGGAGAAGAGAAAAGAAAAAAAGCAUCUGGACAGAGAAGUAUAAUGCUCAGGAAGGGAUGUUAACUAUGGAAACGAGUGAGAGUUCACCACGGCGAGGUAUAUAUGUGGGAAAGAUUCACUUCUGGACAAGCACAAAUACCACCACACGACGUAUGGUGAGUGGCCACAUGUUUACUUCUAUUCAUGCGGCUGUGGCUGAUAGUGGUACACACCACUAA